GUUGACCGCCAGUCGCAGUUUAUCCAGGGCUACCGUGUAAUGUAUCGACAAAUGUCUGGCCUGCCUUCUCCAGCUGUGUGGCAGAAUUUGGAGGUCAAAGUCCCAACUGAACGUAGUGCUGUCCUUGUCAACUUGAAAAAGGGGGUCACUUAUGAAAUUAAGGUUCGCCCUUAUUUCAAUGAAUUCCAAGGAAUGGACAGUGAAUCCAAGUCUGCUCGUACCACAGAGGAAGCUCCAAGUGCUCCUCCUCAGUCUGUUACUGUACUGACAGUUGGAAAUCACAACAGCACAAGCAUCAGCAUCUCCUGGGAUCCUCCCCCUCCAGAUCACCAAAAUGGAGUCAUCCAGGAGUAUAAGAUCUGGUGCCUUGGUAAUGAGACCCGAUUUCAUAUCAACAAAACAGUAGAUGCAGCCAUUCGGUCUGUAGUAAUAGGUGGCCUAUAUCCAGGGAUCCAGUACCGUGUGGAAGUUGCUGCAAGUACCAGUGCAGGUGUGGGAGUCAAAAGUGAGCCACAACCCAUAAUAAUUGGAGGUCGUAACGAAGUUGUCAUCACUGAAAAUAACAACAGCAUAACUGAGCAAAUCACUGAUGUUGUCAAACAGCCUGCCUUUAUAGCUGGCAUCGGUGGUGCGUGUUGGGUAAUUCUGAUGGGUUUCAGCAUCUGGCUUUACUGGCGCAGAAAGAAGAGGAAGGGGCUCAGCAAUUAUGCUGUCACUUUCCAAAGAGGAGAUGGAGGACUAAUGAGCAAUGGAAGCCGACCAGGUCUGUUGAAUGCAAGUGACCCCAGUUAUCCUUGGCUUGCAGACUCUUGGCCUGCAACAAGUCUGCCAGUAAACAACAGCACUAGUGGACCAAAUGAUCUUGGCAAUUUUGGCCGUGGAGAUGUGCUGCCACCAGUGCCAGGGCAAGGAGAUAAAACUGCUACCAUGCUUUCUGAUGGAGCCAUUUACAGCAGCAUCGACUUCACCACGAAAACCAGUUACAACAGUUCCAGCCAAAUAACGCAGGCUACACCAUAUGCCACCACCCAGAUCCUGCAUUCCAACAGCAUCCAUGAGUUGGCUGUUGACUUACCAGAUCCUCAGUGGAAAAGCUCAAUUCAGCAGAAAAAUGACCUGAUGGGCUUUGGUUACUCUCUCCCAGACCAAGGCAAAGGCAACAACGCCUUGCUUUACAUCCCUGACUACCGCGUGGCUGAGGGAUUGGCUAAUAGAUUGCCACACAACCAGUCACAGGAUUUCAGCACCACCAGCUCCCACAACAGCUCCGAAAGGAGUGGCAGCCUCUCAGGUGGCAAAGGAGGGAAAAAGAAGAAAACCAAAAAUUCUGCCAAGUCUCAGAAAAACAAUGGUUCAAACUGGGCCAGUGUUCCCCUCCCACCCCCUCCCGUGCAGCCACUUCCAGGCACAGAGCUGGAGCACUAUGGGGUGGAUCAGCAAGAAGCAGGAUAUGACAGUGAUGGUUGGUGUCCGCCUUUGCCAGUUCAGACCUACUUACAUCAGGGCAUGGAGGACGAGCUUGAAGAAGACGAUGAUCGUGUUCCCACACCUCCUGUCCGAGGAGUAGCUUCAUCACCUGCAAUCUCCUUUGGGCAACAGUCAACUGCAACCCUCACACCUUCUCCACGAGAAGAGAUGCAGCCGAUGCUUCAAGCCCACCUUGAUGAAUUAACUAGGGCUUACCAGUUUGAUAUUGCAAAGCAGACAUGGCACAUCCAAAGCAAUACACAACCUCCUCAGGCUCCAGUUCCGCCCCUAGGAUAUGUGUCUGGAAACCUUAUUUCAGAUUUGGAAACAGAUGUUCCAGAUGAUGACGAUGAUGAUGACGACGAUGAUAUUGAAGAAGAAACUGUAGAAAUCAAUAGACCACUAAGAGGUCUAGAGCAUACUCCAGGCUCCAGUAUGGACAAUCUAGACAGCUCUGUGACAGGCAAAGCAUAUCCUUCCUCUCAGAGACCUCGGCCGAGCAGUCCUUUUUCUACUGACAGCAACACCAGUGCAGCUGUCAAUCAGAGGCAGAGGCCCACUAAAAAACACAAGGGAGGACGGUUGGACCAACCCCCCUUGUCUCAUCGUAGGGAGGGCAUAACAGAUGAUCUUCCACCACCACCCGACCCGCCCCCCGGUCAGGGCUUAAGGCAGCAAAUAGUCCCCGGCCAGCGCGGAGGCUCGGCAGAGAGGAAAGGAAGCUCUCUUGAGAGGCAGCAUGCGCCGAACGUAGAUGAAACAAAGAGCUCCCUGGACCGGCAAGCUAGGACAUCACUAGAGUGGCAGCGGCAAACCCAGGAGUGGAUAAGCUCUACAGACCGCCAGGAGGAUUUCAGGAAAGCCCAACACAAACAAGCCUUCGGAUCAGAGGAGGCACUCGUACCAUAUAGUAAACCCAACUUCCCAUCUCCUGGCGGCCAUAGCUCUUCAGGAACAGCUUCUUCUAAAGGAUCGACUGGACCUAGAAAAGGUGAAGUCUUGCGAGGAGGUCACCAACGCAAUACCAGUGACCUUCUCGAUGUAGGCUAUGUGGGAUCAAACAGUCAAGGACAGUUUACUGGUCAAUUAUAUUCAGAAACACUUGUCACAGGUGGUGAAGUCAUGAACUUUUGUCAGUCUUUACAGCAACCCAGAAUGAAAAUUCUUAUUCCGAAAAACAAAUUAAGGUAUCCUUCAGAGAAACAGUUUGAUAGAGUAAUGAAUUGUCAGAAAGGACCUGAUCCUUACUUUUUCAUACACAUUAAGCACCAUCUUACCUACAGCAGUCCCGGCAAGAAGUGGUAUUAUUCGGAGUACAUCUAUCCCAUGCUGCUCAUAAAAGCCACUUAA